AUGGAAUGUCAGGGAGACCCUGAAUCUGAAGCAUCCAAACAGUGGAAUUCAAGGUUGUCAGAGGGAACAACGAGGGAGAGAGAGAGGGCAGAGGUGAAUACGAACAGUCAGAAUACCAACAGCCAAGCCACCACUAGCCACCACGAGCCACCACUCAACAGCCCCUUUCCUCCUCCGCGAACCACCACCAUCGGCCUAGCCACCACUCAACCGCCACUCUCCCCCUCCGCGAACCACCACCAUCGGCCUAGAGCCACCACUCAGAGCCACCACGAGCCACCACUCAGAGCCACCACUCAGCGCCACCCUCCCCCUCCGUGA